CUCGUCGGAACACCAUGGAUCAGCUGACGCCAUAAACACAACACACCGCCCUGAGGUGCGGCAAGUGUCUCCCUCUAACAUACACCUUUGUUGUAGUCGCCGCUCCUCUAUCUACAAUACAACGCAACAAGCACCUUUGACACUCAUAUCAUCCUCAACAUAAAGGCGUCUCCCAACAUCUGUACUGUUUGAACACUUAGAGAUUCAACUAUGGCAGAGGAAUGGAAAGAGAAAAUAAUUAAGGAGAAGUUAGGUGGGAAAGAGGACUGGACACCUGAGGAACGUGCCGAACUAUGCAAGCAGCUUGAACAAGACCUCGAUAGCCACAUCAGUGCUAUGGGCAAGUCUAAAUACGAAGGAGGAUGGACUGAAGAAAACUGGAAGGAACAAAUGGCAGAACAUCCCCUGUUUGCACCGUAUAUUCAGGGUGAGGGUGUCACCGAAGCAGAGGCACCUAUCAACCCACUCAGUGAGGGGUUGGCACAACUAAAAUUUGACCCAGACCACAACUCUCCACAAGAGGUUGCACAAAAUUAUAAGGAGGAAGGCAAUUUACAGUUUAAAUACAAGAAAUACCGACUUGCAGUUGCCAACUUUUCAGAGGGCUUGAAACAAAAGUGUCCAGAUAAUGAAACAAAUGCCCAGCUCCAUAACAAUAGGGCGGCUGCACAUUGGCAUCUUGGUAAUUAUCGAUCGGCAAUCAAAGACUGUGAAAAGGCUGUUGAAUUUAAGCCAGACUAUCCGAAAGCUAUUGUAAGAGCAAUGGACUGUGCUACAAAAUUACAAUCCUGGGAUGAAGUCAUCACGUGGUGUGAUAGAGGCCUCAGAAUUGAAUCCACCAAUCAGAAGCUAAAAACUAGCAGAUUAACAGCAGUCAGAGAAAAGAAAUUGGUGGAGAGAGAUAUGCGGAAAAAAGUUAAAGAAGAAAAUAGAAAAUUUGAAGAAGAAGAAAAUCUGAUAAAUGCCAUUAAGAAUCGUGGUAUACGUCUUGGGACUGCAGGCUUGAAAGGUUCUUCCUCUGUUUCCCUGUCAGAUCUGGAACCUUGUCAUCCCACAUCACAGGGCUCUCGUGUUCAUUUGAAUGAGAAGGGAGAGUUAGUGUGGCCAGUGAUGCUCCUAUAUCCAGAACAUCACGAGACUGAUGUUAUUCAGGAGUUCACAGAAAGUAAUUGUAUCAGAGAUCACCUGGAAGUCAUUUUUGGAAAGAAUGCUCCACCAGCACCAUGGGACACCGAGAAAAAGUACCAGCUUGAGAAACUUCAUGUUUACUUUGAAGACAAAGAAAAAGAAAAACUCUGUAAAAUUGAUCCCUGUCAAACUCUUCAGCAAAUUCUGACUGAUCCUAGGUGUUGUGUAUUAGGUGGCACUCCCGGGUUUAUCAUCCUUGUUGACGGCAGUAAGUUCAUGAAGGAAUUUUUAUCAAGAUACACCACAUGAAAGUCUUUGGAUUCCUACUGAAUAUACACCACAUGAAAGUCUUUGGAUUCCUACUGAAUAUACACCACAUGAAAGUCUUUGGAUUCCUACUGAAUAUAACAACUUUUUCACAAUUGUUACGCCGUUCCUUAUUUCACUAGUUAUUGUAUGUUAUACUGUAUCUGUACAAUGUUAAUAUCAAGUUUAAUUAAGCAGCUAUUAUUUUCAUUACCAAUUGUUAUGGACUAAGAUUGAGCAUGUAUUAUCAGUUUGAAUGCCUUUUAUUUAAAGAUACUGUAAUUGUAAAGCAUUAGGUACAGUAAUGGAUAAAAGUUAUUAAGCAGUCUUUGGGAUUGUGUCUAAGCAUGAUCUUAUUUAUUAUUAUUAUACAUUUCUCAGUCAAAACCUAAUAUGAUAAAUUAUUAAAGAUGUAUAAUGUAAUCGAACCUGUAUACCUGUUAUUUCAACCAACAUUCCUAUUGAAAUCUAUAUUUAUAGGAGAUGCAUAGCACACACACAUUGUUCUCCAUUUGGGUCUGUAUAUGUGAACAUUGUAUUACGUUUCCUAUGCACUUGUUAAGCUAUAACCAUUAAAACGUAAGUUACUGUAUAGCUAAAAUGUUGCUGAAACAA